AAGAGCUUGGAGCUUGAGUCUCGGCUGCAUCCCAUCGAGUGUCAGCAUUGCCUAGCUCGUCAUCCAUUUGGCCUGAGAUUGUUGUUGUUUUGUUCGAGCUCUGGGCAGCCACUCAUCGGAUCUGCUCUUGGCAGAACUCUUCCUCAAACAAUCGGCAUUAAUGUUCGGCACUUAUGUACUCUCACCUUUCCCAUGGUAGCAACAGCAGCAACAACGUGCGGCCUGUUUACCGCAACGGGGACCCGCCGUGGGUGCUGAAGCCGCCCGCAAACGAGAAUCCACUCAUCAAAAUCCCUCACCCGACUGAGAUGAACCCGAAAGCAAUACCGGUGUCUAUUCCCGCGCCUGGCCUGUUGGCGUCGACGUCCGCGACGGCGGACAUUGCGGCGGCGGCGAGCCAGCACUUCAGCUACAACUACAGCUUGAUGAACCAGAUGUACCCGACGGGCUACAAAUGCGAGCUGGUGAACAAGAAGUCAAGCGGCAAAGGGGCACAUUUGUGCAAGUGCGGCGCCGCGUUCAACAACAGCUCCGAGCUCAAGUCGCACCACAGCCAGGCGCACCACAAGGAGAUCGAGGCGACGGCCGGCGCCGCCACCAGGAAGGGCUGCGACAUCUGCGGCGCCGAGAUCGUCAACAGACUGUGCCAUUGCAGGAAUAAGAAGCGCUUCCAAAACAGGACCCGCUGCCAGAACUGCAUCGACGACUGCCUCGCCUCCCAGGGCAUGAAAGGCAGGUACCAGCGGAGGCCGCCCUGCCCCCAGAAGUGCAAAAACUGCAACGGGUCUGGAGUAAUUUUCGAAGGAAGGGACGACAAGCCAUUCCACUGCACGCUGUGCAACAACACUUUCUCGCGCUACUCGUCGCUGUGGAGCCACAAGCGGCUGCACUCAGGGGACAAGCCGUUCGCGUGCGACCAGUGCGACGCGUCGUUCGCCAAACAGGCCUACCUGAAGAACCACAAACGCGUGCACUCGGGCGAGAAGCCGUUCAAAUGCUCGACCUGCGGCCAGGAGUUCAGCCAGGGGCCGCAUCUCAAGAACCACGAGCGCAUCCAUACCGGCGAGAGACCUUAUGUGUGUGAAAUCUGCCAGAAGCGCUUCUCCAGGCACUCCACCCUCUGGAACCACAGACGCAUCCACACUGGAGAAAAACCCUAUCGUUGUGACAUUUGUGGCUCCUCCUUUUCCCAGGGGACGCAUUUGAAAAACCACCGAAAAGUACACACAGGCGAACGGCCGUUUCGCUGCGACAUCUGCGACGUGGGUUUCAGCGACCGUUUCACCCUGAAGCGGCACCGCAACGUGCACGGCGGCGCCAACGGCGGCGGCGGCAGCAGCAGCAACAGCAACCAGGGCCCCGAGGAGUCGACCGGGCCGAGUCUCGUCGAUUUGUACAAGUGCGAGGUCGGCCAGGUGGCCUUUCCCGGCUGCCAACGCCCUCCGGAGGACGAGAAACCCUUAUAGUGGCUGCUAGUCCUCGUCUAAGCUCAGUUCAUUGCCUCUGACACUGUUGCACGCCUCCCACGGCCUAUCCAAGCAAAUCGGAUGCCAACUCAGCGCCGCAGCCGUGAUGCACACGAUAAGUGAGUUUAACGCACCAAUGGCGAAUUGAACACUGGACACACAGAACCAAUUAUUUUCAUGCGAACAGAGCCGUACGUUUUUGUGAAUACAGACAAACAUUUCUCGUGUACUUUAAAAAAGGAAAGAAAAACGCGGUGGCGCUUCCAGCAAGCUGCUUCGGAUGUUAGUGCCGAGUGGAACUUCUUGCCUGACUCUUCUUUCCACAUACUUCAUCGGUUCGCUAGGUGGAUAGUGACACAAAUUUCUUAUCGACCGGUGCACACACUUGCGCUUGGAUUUGUAUAAUUCGUAUUAUAGUUUGCUGAAUAUUGAUUGAAAUGGAAAAAUUUAAAUUUGCAGAUUAUUAUAUCGAGUAAGAACCAUGUGUUACCCAAAUUUCGUGGAGUUUCAAACAAUAAAGCAUUCCUAUAUAAAAAUCAAA